AUGGGCUUCUUCGCGCUCGAGGAGUGGGCAGCUGCCAAUCGCGACUAUGACAAUACCACGGCGCCGUACUGGCAUGCGAAGUCUGUACCCGAUGGCUUCACCGCCAUCUCUGGAAUUCUUUGGUCUAUCUCGUACAUCUUGAUGGCCAAAAAGGCAUUCAAAGAUCGUUCGUACGCAAUGCCUCUCCAUUGUCUCUGCUUGAACAUCACCUGGGAGGCGGUUUACGGGUUUGUCUACGGCCCGGGGCUGCUAAAUCAGGUCGUGUUCGCGCAAUGGAUGAUUGUCGACGUCGUCCUCUUCUACGCCAUUCUUCGAUCGGCCCCGUAUGCCUGGAAGCAGUCACCGUUGGUGGCGCGGCAUCUCGCGGGUAUAAUCGUGGUCGGAUGCGUGGUCUGUCUGUGGCUGCACCUGGCGAUUGCCGCCACAUUCAUCCCAAGCAUUGGUCGACAGGUCGUGUUCAUGACUGCAUGGCCCAUGCAGGUCCUUAUCAAUCUCAGCUCAAUUGCGCAGCUAAUAUCGCGUGGAAAUACUCUCGGUCAUUCUUGGGGAAUUUGGUCGACAAGGAUGUUGGGUACGGUCGCCGCUGCAUGCUGCUUCUUCUGGCGCAUAUAUUACUGGCCAGAGCGAUUUGGAUAUGCGUGGAGUGCUUACGGGCAGUUUUUGCUGCUGGGUAGUAUCGGGUCUGACAUGGUGUAUGCUGUGGUUUACAUCUAUGUUCAAAAACUCGAGAAGCAGCUGGACUCUCUGGUUAACACCAAGGCAAAAAAGGCUCGCUGA